AUGAUCAAUACUCUUCAAGAUGUACUUGCAUUAAUUCAAGAAAGCAUCAAAGACACUGACGAAGAACUUCCACUUAGUAAUCUUAACUUCGCUGUAACCGACAGUUGUCAAUUACUUGCUGUUCGUUUCUCAUCGAUCGAUGAAUUCGAACCUCCUUCAUUGUAUUAUUCGACAAAGGCAGGACCUGUUCUUAAUCGAAAAUAUCCUGAUCAUCCUGAUGGAAAAGAAGAAAUUCCGAAGACAGCAAUGCGAGCUACGCAUGAACAUGGAAAACAUGUUAUUGUAGCAAGUGAACCCAAUACGUAUAACACGAAAGAUUGGCAUUUGGUACCUUCAACGUCAUUUGUUCUCAUCGAUAAAAACUUGAAUGUUACAGUUGAAAAAAUUCAGUUAUAA